AUAUGUAUUUGAGUGCAACAGAAACGUAGACAGAGCAUAUAGAUGCAAACACGUUCCCCGUGUCACAUCUACACUAAGUUUACCUUCUAGAACCGCUUUUUUCUCAUGUGAAAUCAUAAACAACCUGAAAAAAUAAAAACACCUGCACUGGGAAGGUCUUUGCGCUCAUUACCUCUAAAGUAGGAUAAACGGAAUUAACCGAGUGCUGCGAUUCUUUCGACAUUUUCUAAGAAACAGGACAGCCAAGUACCUGCAGAUAUAUUUAUAAUUAUUUAAAGAAUCAUAUUCUAUUCUAAAAUUAGUGUGUUUAUGUACAAGAGAUAAUCAUAACAGGUGGGCAGUAUAGUAUAAUGAAGAAAAGUGUUGGAUUGUAGAAAAUUCUCCUUCAAACUAGUGAUUUCAACGCCUCUACUUCUAAAUACGAUCAAGGUAACUCAGGGGACGACCAGAGAUACGGUAGUAGCCCAGCAUGCAACAAAAGCAGCGACAGCAGAGAUUCAAAUUCUUCAAAAUCCUUGAGGAACAAAGAGUAACCGUUUAUUAUUUAUCAGUGAUUACACCUCGCAUAAUGAAAAAAGGAACAAAACUCACUACGAAGAAACGAUAAAAGCGUUCUAGACCAUCAGCCGUGAUAGCAACACACAGCGUUACUAAUCAACUCCCUUUUAUUAAACUGUAAACAUCAGCAGCACAAACCACAAACUAACCAAUUUCCAGUGCAAAGAGCGAUUUUCAGAAAUUUUAGGGAGAUCUUGAAGGAAAACUAUUUUUCAUAGACCCUGUGUAUGAGUGUGUGACCCAGGAGCUUACAGAAGCACUAAGAAGAAAAUACAAAUUUUGUGUUAGUGUCGGCGAAGUCAGUGAUUGACAGUAGAUCAGGUCAGGUUCUACGAGCAGUGCUCGAUCGGGUGAACCGAGUGUCACGGUGGCUAGUUUAGUGAGCGGCAACGUCGCGGUGCGUUACGAUGAGGCAUCGGGGGCGGGGGCAGUCGUGCUGGCCCCCGCUUCCAGGCUAGCCGCUCAAACAGGGUCUAGCAUGGACACCUCGGAAGAGCCUGGCUCAGGCCUGGUGAAGGCCGAGUCCCCAGAGCAUCUCGCUGGAACCUCGACGACGGUUUCCGCGGUGAGUGGCCCUGUAGGUACCGGAAGUGGACUAUUUGCUGGGAUAGCUAACAGUAAUAAGCGACCAAGGCCCGAUGACUGGCUAACGCCCAACAGCCCUAGUUCCCCUCAAAACCCAAUGUCCACGCAGCACCUCAUUUACACCACUCCUCAGCAACAACUUAGUCAGCAACAGCAGCAGCAGCAACCUCCCCUCGCCCAUUCCACUCCUCUCGGACAGAGUCAGCAGCAAGCACCCCCACAAGUACCAAACAACAAUGGUUACGCGAGUCCAAUGAGCUCUGGCAGCUAUGACCCUUACAGUCCCAAUGGUAAAAUAGGAAGGGACGAUCUUUCACCACCCAGUUCGCUGAACGGUUACAGUGCAGAUAGCUGCGAUGCGAAAAAGAAAAAAGGCCCGACUCCUAGACAGCAGGAAGAACUUUGUUUGGUAUGUGGCGAUAGAGCGUCGGGUUAUCAUUAUAACGCUCUCACCUGUGAAGGUUGCAAAGGUUUCUUUCGCCGGAGUAUCACCAAAAACGCCGUUUACCAGUGCAAGUAUGGAAACAAUUGUGAGAUUGAUAUGUACAUGCGUCGCAAGUGCCAGGAGUGUCGAUUGAAGAAAUGCCUUACAGUUGGUAUGAGGCCAGAAUGUGUUGUUCCCGAGUAUCAAUGUGCGGUAAAACGCAAGGAGAAGAAGGCCCAGAAGGUAGGGGAGAAAGACAAGCCAAACAGUACAACGAUGAAUGGUUCACCAGGAAGUUUAGGUGGAAUGGGCCCCGAUCAAAUAGGAGUGAAGAUGGAGCUAACGGAAGGUGAUACUCUCUCUAUUUCCGGUAGCAGUGGCACCGGUAUCCCCAUUGGAUCUCAAAAUGGCGUUAAGCCCGUCAGUCCUGAACAAGAAGAGCUUAUACAUAGGCUCGUGUACUUUCAAAAUGAGUUUGAACAACCCAGCGAAGAGGAUCUGAAAAGAAUCACCAAUGCACCAACGGAUAACGAGGACCCCAGUGACGUUAGAUUUAGACACAUCACCGAAAUUACGAUAUUGACGGUGCAGUUGAUUGUGGAGUUUGCCAAGAGGUUACCGGGUUUCGACAAGCUUCUCCGCGAGGACCAGAUUGCGUUGUUAAAAGCGUGUUCGAGUGAAGUGAUGAUGCUUAGGAUGGCGAGGAAGUACGAUGUCCAAACCGACAGUAUUGUAUUCGCGACUAAUCAGCCAUACACGCGCGAUAGUUACAGUCUAGCUGGCAUGGGUGACACCAUCGAGGACCUUUUGCAUUUCUGCCGGCAAAUGUAUGCCAUGAAGGUCAACAAUGCGGAGUAUGCUCUACUCACGGCCAUCGUUAUUUUCUCAGAGAGACCAAAUUUACUGGAGGGUUGGAAAGUUGAGAAGAUACAAGAGAUCUAUCUCGAGGCCCUGAGGGCCUACGUGGACAAUCGGCGUAAGCCUAAGUCCUGCAUGAUGUUCGCGAAGUUGCUCUCUGUGCUGACAGAGCUGAGAACCCUCGGCAAUCAGAACAGCGAGACGUGCUCCAGUCUGAAGCUCAAGAACAAGAAGCUGCCACCCUUCCUCGCCGAGAUCUGGGACGUGGUGCCCUAGUUUCCCGAUCACUGGUCACCGGGACCCGCUCCGGUUGGCUAAAAGUGUUUGGUCGCGCACGCCCUUCAAGGACGUCAUACGUUCGAGAUAUUGUCCAAGGGACGUUCAGGUACGUCGAGCCAGAGACGAAAGAGUGUCUGGCGAAGGAGGCGGCGUACGUGACUUCUGUACUAGUGCACCACUAUGCCACUGUCUCUGCACCAUCAUUGUCGUCACCGCCCUCGAGUGGCAUCUGAUCAUCGCUCCCACAUCUUUUUUUAAGCACACAAGAUCUAGCCAGCAUAUAAAAACUAUGGUCAAAAACUAAAAGAUGGACAAAAUAAUGAAAGAAGACGGCUUACGAUGGAGGAAAGAUCUGUUG